AUGAAACUGAAUCGCAACAAAAAGAGGAGUCAUUACUUAUCAAAGUUAAAGGAAAAGAUAUCAGAGAACUUGUCUCAAGAUCAAGAACGUGUUGCCACUGAGGGUGUUCCAUCAAAGAUUAAUGCCUAUCCAGAUGAUGUCAUUGGCAAAGUGUACGAAGUUGAACAUUCAGGUCGAGUGUGUGGUUUAGGUGUUGGUGUUUGCCCUACGAGUGUUUUCAAGACGCACAAAUAUUUCAUGCAAUUUGACAGUGUUGGUAGCUCUAGCCAAAAAAAUGUUGAGGAGUUACAAAAGGAAGUGCACACUUUGAAAGAAAAGCUAAAUGGAUAUGAAGAGACUAAGGAGCAACUUUCACAAACACAAGAUCAACUUAAAGUUCUCCUUAAUUUUAUGCAAAGAAAAUUUGGUGAUGAGUUACCUACUUUCAACCAAGGUUUCCCUCCACCUUAUUAAUAUAAUUUCUUAUAAUAUAUAGAAAUUGAAGUUAAUAAGAUUUUUUGCACUUAGAUCUAUAC